GCCUCCCUAAAAAACCGUAAGUUAUACUUCAGAUUUGUGUUUUACCUGAACCAUCAGGGGACUGGAGAAACUGUUAUCAUGUGGCUACGAAAAGCAGUGUUAACAAUUUUACUUGGUAUUCUACAAUUCAUAGAUUUGAGUUAUGGGAGGUAUAGUUACAGAAGUUAUAGGAGUUAUAGAAGUUAUCGGAGUUAUAGCAGUUACACGCGAUACUAUAACUACUACUACCAGACAGCCUACUACUCAGCUACUGGGGGCGGAUCGAGCGGUGAUUCCGGAAUGACCGCCGCCAUUGUAGGAGGAGUCAUCGGAGGAUUGAUUUUGAUUGCAUUAAUCUUUUUCGUCGUCUAUCUUCGAUGUAAAUACGUCUCAUCUAAUCGUCGUACCUCCCCUGGGGUCGUCAUCUCUGAACAGCCUGUAGUUAUUAAAAAACGAGAGCCAAAAAGCAAACCAGAUAAAGUCAUUGUUCCACGAAAGAAAAAGAUAGGACCACCUCCUCCAGAGCCUCCACAUGGGCCGCCGCCAGGACCCCCGCAUGACAUGCCACCACCAAGUGCGCCCCCUGCCUACGACGCUGUUUAUCCUCCACCAGCAGGAGGCGUGGUUAAAAGUGCCUACCCUCCACCAUCCCAAGGCGAAGAAGUGCCAUCUGCUUUUAUCUAUAAACCACCGUUUUAGUAGGUUUUAAAGUAUGCUAAUCAUGUAUACAACAUUCGAUAACUGUAUACUUCAGUUAUUCAAUUGAUCAAAUGUUCAGUGUCUUGUAAAAAAAUAUUUGAAGCAGACAUUUUAUAUCUUCUACAAGAUCAUGAAAUGGAUCAUGCGUUUCUAUUUUACUUUAUCUUUGAUGUAUACAUAGAUUUUCUCAUACAUUGAAUGUUUUUUAUAGUAUCAACCAAAGUGAAAUUAACAGAGUAUAAAUACAUAUUUAUCAAUAGAAUAUAACAAGAUUCAUAAUUAUCAAAAUGAGAUACCAAAAUGUGAUACCGAAAUGUGAUACCAAAAUGUGAUAUCAAAAUGUGAUACCAAAAUGUGAUAUCAACAUGUUAUACCAAAAUGUGAUACCAAAAUGUGAUACCAAAAUGUACCUUUAUACAAUUAUAUACAGUAUUAUUCUACCUUUCAUUUUCACCUUUCCGUGUAUAAUACUAUUAUGGCAUUGUUUGCCACAUAAAAAUCUAUUUUUGGAAGAUACACAGCCUGAUAUUACAUGUUAUUUAUCAUGUGAGUCGUGCCUAAGCAUACACUAGUCUACGGGUCUUCCUGUCUACAGACUAGAUUUUGUUACAGAAAUUGUCUUAUUUUUCCUACGGACUAGAGGCUAUUACAUAAUUGUCUUUCUGCCUACAGGUUAGAAUUUGUUACAGAAAUCGUUUUAUUUUCCCUACGGACUAGAGGCUGUUACAUAAUUGGUUUUGUUUUAUUCCUACGGACUAGAGGAUGUUACAGAAUUGGUUUUGUUAUAUUCCUACGGUUAAGAGGCUGUUACAGAAUUGUCUUUCUGCCUACAGACUAGAUUUUGUUACAGAAAAUUGUUUUAUUUUUUUCUGUGGAAUAGAGGCUGUUACAGAAUUGGAAUUUUUCCCCUAUAGACAAGAGGUUGUUACAGAAUUGGUUUUAUUUUUUUCCUGCGGACUAGAGGCUGUUAAAUAAUUGUCUUUCUGCCUACAAACUAGAUUUUGUUGCAGAAAUUAUUUGAUUUUUCUGUGGAAUAGAGGCUGUUACAGAAUUUGGUUUUGGUUUUCCUACGGACUAGAGGCUGUUACAGAAUACAGUGUAUAUAUUUUCAGUAGCAUGCGGGAAUAUUGUCUCUGUAGGCUUAAGAUUGUGACAAAUAUGUAUAACUGUUUUCUCAUAAAAUGCAACAGUCGGUGAGGCUAGAAAAAUUACACAAUGCUAUAAUUUGCAGUCAUCAGAGAUUUCAUCUAACAAUUGUUUUUGUAUAUUUAAGAUUUUAUAUAUAGUACAUGUAUAUUAAAUAGUCUGUGUUCUUUUAAUCAUUACAUGCUUUUUGUAGAAACUGCACUACCUCUAUAUGUUUCUCAAUUAUAUAUCAUAAGUACGCCGUGCUUGGUUUAAAUGAGACUCUACAUGUAUAUGUACUCGAACAGGAUUCAGACUUCUCUAAAAUUCAUCGUCGGAUAUACUCACGGUUGACUGCACAAGGCGACACUUAUCACGAGUAGUGUAGCUGUGAUAGAAGUUAUAUGACACAACCAAUAUGAUAUUUAGGAGUAUGACGUUUCGAUGACUACACUGUCAACUUCAUCAGACUAACGACCAAUGUGCAAAUCAGGAUGCAAGAACUAGCUACGACACAUCAUCUAUCGGCAAAACGGGCAGAAGAUUUGGUGACCAACUUAACUAACACUAGAAAGACGUGGAAUCCCAAAAGACAAACAAUUCACCAGAUUAGAAAGAAAACGAUCUCAGUCCCAGCUCAACAAAUCUACACUUACAGACCAUUCUAUGCACAAAAACCACCUAAUUGACUUGAGGAAUUCAAAAAUUGUUGAAAGGGAAAACAACCUGUCAAGGCGGCUGAUCAGGGAGGCCAUCUGGAUCCGCCGCAGCGGUCCAGUACUAAACAGGGGCGAGGGGGCGACACACUCUCGCACAUCUAUGACCAAGUGUUAAACAAAGCGUAGUCAAUUCGACAUCAUACCAUCUCGUACACUUGUCUGAUUCUAUUUCCUUUUUACCACCUCGUCACACUAUUUUCGAAUUUGGUGUCAAUAAGAUCAUUAUUAAGACGAAACAUCCUUCAGGGUAGACCGAAUCUUUUACUAUCUCGGACACUACAUUAGACAGUGCUAGUUCGUUCAUUGGUCAUCAGUCUGAUGAAGGUGACAGUGUAGUCAUCAAAACGUCACACUCUUAAAUAUGAUAUUGAUUGUGUCAUAUGGCUUCUAUCAUAUUUACUUUACCGCCCUGAAGAAAAUGUUCCAGAAUAAGUGUUUUGUAUCGUAAGGUAAUCAACGGUGGGUACCGACGAUCCUAAAAUGCUGCUCUGCCUGAUCUGAUAGUGCAAAUCAGUGUAAAGUGUCGAUUGCAAAACUGUAUAUAGCAAUGUCUGGUUUUGCUGAAGGUAGAUCGAUCGUUACGUCACUUUACGAUAAAAUAAUAUCAGAAGCAUAACCAGAAUUAAAUAUAUGUACAUUAUGUUCAGUGCUAUCAUUUGUAUAUUAUAUACGACUGCUGUUGUAGAUAGAUAAUAAAGUGCUGGUUUAUUCCAUUUCCUAUGUCUGUGAUAAAUGAAUAUUUUAUUGUAUAUUUGACUUUAAAGCCACAUACUCCCCAACAUCCUACAAUUCUAGUUACACACGUGUAUUAAUGGCAAUCCAAGAUGCUCAUUCACGCUCUCCUAACAUUAUAAUGACCACUGGCCUGGACGCUUGACCAGGGGAGUCCUUGAGACAUCAGUGUAUAAAAAUAACUGUUUCUGAUUCACGAUAGUCUGUUAGGUAUGUUUUUUUUCAGGAGUAUGUGGCUUUAAUCAAUGUGGAUCUAGAAUACUGCAUUGAAGAUUUUGUAUGGUUGAAUGUCCUCAAGUCUCAGACCCGAAUACCUGUUUUAGUACCAAUUACCUCCGCUAGGUGGUGCUUGUUGUAUGUUUGAAGCGACGCUAAGUGAAGUAAUACGAAUGUUGAUAUACAGUAUAUUGAUUCAUAAUUACAUAUGCUUAUGUUUCUUAGAUAACUUCUUACAUUGAUUAGAUGAUUACAAAAAAAUAGACACAUUUUUGUAGCUCUAUUAAAAAAAUGAAUUUGAGCGUACACGUACAUGCGUGUGAGUUUAUCAAAUAUGAGUGAACAAGAGAGUGAACUUCGUGUAGUUCAGUAGUAUAUUCACUCAGAUCCACAUAUCUUUGUUAAAAGGGUACUAUCUAUCAAUACAAUACUCUAUUGUUUAAAAAUGUUUAUAUUUGUCCAGGGGAAAAAAAUGUGUGUGAAGCCAAGGUAACCUUCAUUUCCCGAGAUUUUUGAAAUAUGUUAGUUUACUAUAUAUUUUAUCGAUUUAAAAGAAGUCUAAUAAAUAAUAGCGAUAUCUAGUUUAGACUUUAUUUUAUUUAUUUCAAGCAUAAUGAUACAUUGUACAAUAUUAAACUGGGAAAUAGGAACACGUGUCAAAGACACUUAUGUAAACCUAUCACCAUUACUAAACAGAAACGUAUAACUUCAGUACAUGAUGACACCAUUCAUCCAUAUCUUUUAUAUUAUUUCAUGAUUAUAUGCGAUACAUAUUUUAUGAUAUUUCUUGGAACAUUCAAAAAUAUAAACAUGAUUUUCAUAUUGUUUAAAAAAAAAAAAAAACAAAAAAAAAACGAAAAAGAUGACUUUAUUGUGUAGGUGCAUCGUCACUUCUAUAUUUCAACGAUUGGUUAUUUCUAUUUUAAUUUUCUCUCCUUUAUUUCCCUCUUUGGACCCCCCUGUAUCUGCUGAUAAGUUCAAAUAUCUAAGAAGAUAUUCACGUGUGUCUUUUAUUUUUUUUAGAAAUUAUCUAAAACAAUUAAAGAUGAAUAUAGUAUUUUGACGCGCUACUUGGGAAUAAAUGCUAACCUGGCUUGCCACAGUUAUGUGCAUGUGUAUUAUUAUACAUAUUCCUUUUUUAUUUGUUCGUGUAUGUUGCAAACAUUACAAAAAUAAAUUAUUACAAGGAUGUUA